CCGGGAGCCAGGCCGCGCCGCGCCGCGCCGCGCCGGCCGGAGGGGCCCGCAGCCCGGACCAUGGCGGCGGCGGUGGCGGGCGCCGAGGGGCGGCGCGCGGCCCUGGAGGCGGCGGCGGCGGUGACGCCCGAGCGGGGCGGCGGGAGCUGCGUGCUGUGCUGCGGAGACCUGGAGGCCACGGCGCUGGGCCGCUGCGACCACCCGGUGUGCUACCGCUGCUCCACCAAGAUGCGGGUGUUGUGCGAGCAGCGCUACUGCGCCGUGUGCCGCGAGGAGCUGCGCCAGGUGGUCUUUGGGAAGAAGCUUCCCGCCUUUGCCACAAUCCCCCUCCACCAGUUGCAGCACGAGAAGAAGUAUGACAUCUAUUUCGCGGACGGGAAAGUUUUUGCCUUGUACAGGCAGCUGCUUCAGCACGAGUGCCCACAGUGCCCCGAGCUGCCGCCGUUCGGCCUCUUCGGAGACCUGGAGCAGCACAUGCGGAGGCAGCACGAGCUCUUCUGCUGCAAGCUGUGCCUCAGGCACCUCAAGAUCUUCACGUACGAGCGCAAAUGGUACUCGCGCAAGGACCUGGCGCGGCACCGCAUGCAGGGGGACCCCGAUGACACAUCCCAUCGCGGGCACCCGCUCUGCAAGUUCUGUGACGAGCGCUACCUGGACAACGACGAGCUGCUGAAACACCUGCGGCGGGACCACUAUUUCUGCCACUUCUGUGACUCGGAUGGGGCCCAAGACUACUACAGCGACUACGCCUACCUGCGCGAACACUUCCGGGAGAAGCACUUCCUGUGUGAGGAGGGUCGCUGCAGCACCGAGCAGUUCACCCAUGCCUUCCGCACCGAGAUUGACCUCAAGGCCCACAGGACGGCCUGCCACAGCCGCAGCCGUGCCGAGGCCCGCCAGAAUCGCCAGAUCGACCUGCAGUUCAGCUACACGCCGCGGCACUCUCGCCGGAACGAGGGGGUCGUCGGGGGCGAGGACUACGAGGAGGUGGACAGGUACAACCGCCAAGGCCGUGCGGGCCGGGCCAGUGGUCGUGGAGCCCAGCAGAGCCGCCGAGGAAGCUGGAGGUACAAGAGGGAAGAAGAGGACCGGGAAGUGGCAGCUGCCAUCCGGGCCUCAGUGGCCGCGCAGCAGCAGCAGCAGCAGCAGGAGACACGCAGGAGUGAGGACCGGGAGGAGGGCGGCAGGCCCAAGAAGGAGGAGGCAGGGGUGCGGGGUCUCGAGGAGCUCCGAGGUGCCCGGCGCCCGCCCCGGACUCAGGGUGAAGGUCCAGGUGAGUUGACUCUGCCCUGGCACGGGAGCCACCUGGGAGGCCCCAAGGAAGCCUCAGCCAAUGGUCCUGUAAGCCAGGAGUCCCUCCCGGCAGCCGGCCCGGCCACAGGGGCCAUGCUUCCAAGCACCCUCCCGCCCCCCACCUCGAAGCUCAAGGACGAAGACUUCCCCAGCCUCUGCGCCUCCACCUCCUCCUCCGCCUCCUCCUCGUCCACCGCCGCGGCUGCUCUGGGCCCCGCGGGGCUGGCUCUGGCCUACCAUGUCCCUGCCAGAGGCAGGAGCACCUUCCAGGAGGACGACUUCCCCGCCCUGGUGUCCUCCGCCUCGAAGCCCAGCUCCGCCCCCACCAGCCUCAUUUCUGCCUGGAACAGCAGUGGCGGCAAGAAGGUCGCGCAUCCCACCACAGGGGCCCAGGCUGCUGGCGGCAGCAGCCAGCCCCCCAGGAAGGCUGGGAAGGGGGGCAAGGGCAGCAAGAAGGGCGGGCCACCCCCCUCAGAGGAGGAGGAGGAGGAUGGCCGCGCCGGCCUUACCGCCCAGGAGCUCCGGAGCGUGCCCACCACGGUGGCCGUCUCCUCCCUGCUGGCACUGGCCUCCACCCAGACCCUCACCAAGGUUGGCAAGAAAAAGAAGGUGGGCUCAGAGAAGCCGGGUGCCGCCUCGCCGCCCCCACCGCCCCCUGACAGAGAUGGAUCCCCUGGGGCCGAGCGGACCCCCGGCGCACCCACUGGCAGAGCCGAGGGGCCAGUUGCCGUCAUUGUCAACGGACACACGGAGGGGCCGGCCCCGGCUCGGAGCACGCCCAAGGAGCCCCCUGGGCUCCCACGGCCCCUGGGGCCCCUUCCCUGCCCCACAGCCCAAGAAGACUUCCCAGCACUGGGAGUCCCCUGCCCACCCAGGAUGCCCCCUCCCCCAGGCUUCAACGCCGUGGUGCUCCUGAAGGGCGCUCCACCCCCACCCCCACCCGGCCUGGUGCCCCCUGUCAGCAAGCCGCCGCCUGGCUUCUCCGGCCUCCUGCCCAGCCCACACCCGGCCUGCGUCCCCAGCACUGCCACCGCCACAAAAGCACCGAGGCUGACACCUGCACCACAGGCCUACCUGGUGCCCGAGAACUUCCGGGAGAGGAACCUGCAGCUCAUCCAGUCCAUCAGGGACUUCCUGCAGAGUGACGAGGCCCGCUUCAGCAAGUUCAAGAGCCAAUCGGGGGAGUUCAGACAGGGCGUGAUCUCCGCGGCCCAGUAUUACAAGAGCUGCCGUGACCUGCUCGGGGAGAACUUCCAGAAGAUCUUCAACGAGCUGCUGGUGCUCCUGCCCGACACGGCCAAGCAGCAGGAGCUGCUGUCUGCGCACACACACUUCCGAGGCCGAGAGAGGCCUCCGGGCACCAAGGCCAAGAAGAAGAAGAGCGCAUGGCAGGCCAGCGCCCGGCCGGCGGGCCUGGACUGCUGCGUGUGCCCCACCUGCCAGCAGGUGCUCGCGCAUGGGGACGUCAGCAGCCACCAGGCACUGCACGCCGCCCAGGACAACGACUUUCCCUCCCUGCAAGCCAUCGCCAGGAUCCUCACGUAGCUCCCGCCAGCAUGGGCAGGAGCCGCCACACCCGUGAGCCUCCUUCCUCCUUCCUGGCUGCCGUGCAGCCGGGUGAGGCCCUGGUGAGGCCGCCUGCUCGGCCCCUCAGCUGGCCAGCCCGCCAGGGGUCACCAGGAAGGCCCACCCUGCCCCGUCAGCACACCGUCACAGAGGAGUCCAUCCCGUUUCCUCCUGGGAGCCGGGCGAAGGCCUUGGUGGCGGGCUGCUUUUGGUUUGUUUUCAUGCUUUUGGAGGUUGUGAGGGGAGGGAAGGGCUGGGAGGCCGUAGCCUGUCCGUGCUGUCCGAGCUGGUGGCAACAGUGGCCCUCUCCAGGCGCCCCCCCCAGCCAGAGGGCUGCGGCGCUGCGGCCCCCAAGCCAGAAGCUGUGGGUCCACCCGUGCUGGAGUCAGAUGUUGAGCGUGUUGUGUAAACAGUUGGCUGUUUCGUGAUUCAAGAACGUUCAGGAUUAAAAGCAGACGCAAAAUUGUGCUACUUGAAGUUGUAUCUUUUUAUGAGACAAGCUGAAUCUGGGAUCUCUAAUUGCCUCUGACCUUUUAUAAGACCGUGUAUCUUCAAAUAAAUUUAUUUUGCAAUAACGCA